UGUGGACGUCUGGAUUAACGAUACGGACAAAUUCACGCAGGUCAAAGGAUGUAAAGUUAGUAGCUGUGUUAUAUGACUAAGACCUUGAGCUGUAAUGUUCGGGUAUUUUUAUCGUUUGUAUGUCGGUAAUAAAAUUUUUUCUGGGGAACAAUUGAUUCAUGUCAUUGGUGGAAAUGACGUUCGGUUCCCUUAUUUGCCGUUUGAUCAUUAGCUCGUUAUUUUUGCAAUAUCUUGGUCAACGAAGUGGGAGUUAUGUUAAGACUAUCAAAAUAGAGUAAUGCGCUCCACAAGUCCGUUCAUUUGAAAUUUAAAACUCGAGUGUAUAAUUCAUCAUCGUGUCUGAUUGAAAACUAAAAAUCAACUAUUAACUACUGUGUUGAAUGGUCAUAAAGAACUCUACCGGUUUUAUCUAUGGAAGGAUAAUUUUAAACCAACUAAUUUGUUAUCAAGUCAAAGAAGUCAAACUUGUUUAGUUAUAAAGUUUAUUGUCGAAAAAAAUUUUGAAAAAAAAUAUAAAAAUUUAUAAUCGAAAAUAAUUUUAAUUAAACUCUAAACAUGGUCAUUAUGAACAAUUUUCAAGUGAAAAAAAAUGAAAAUGGUGAAUAUUGUUUAAAAACUAUGUGUGAACAUACUGAAUUAUCAUACAAGAAAUACUACCAAAAAUUUCACAAAGAAUACAUUACGAGAGAUGAAUUAAAUUCUAUCAUUCGAAAAAAUAAAGAUAGUGAUGAAGUAGUUAAAUUUGAAGAAAAACUUAAUUUAAUUGAGGAAAACGAAUGGAUUAAAAAAGUUGCUGUUAUAAUAAAAGAUAAUAAUUUUGAUUUACAAAUCGACAAUUUAUUCAUCAAAUUAUGGACUGCUUUUGAAAAUCAAGUCAGUGCAUUUAUUAUUUCUUUCCUAAUACUGAAAUCUAUCGAAUUUGAUAGUAAAAAUUUUGAAUUCAAUUUUGACAAGCAAUUAUCAAAAUUUGUUAAAUUGUUAGAAACUAAUAAAGUAGGUGAUAAAACCAUUCGAAAUUUUAAAAGUUGUAUUAAGUCGCUCAACAAAUGUAGCAAAAAAACAGUCAAGAAGUAUUACACUAAUUUCGGAAAAAUAUUCGAUUGCUACAAAAAUAAUAUUGCUGAGUUAAAAAAACAAAAACUACAAAAUGAAAAUCAAGAAUUAAAAAAAAAGUUAAAUGAAAAAGAAACUCAGUUAAAUGAAAAUAAUACUCGAAUGAAUAAAUUUAUUCAUAUCCAUAGUAGUACUCAGACAGAUUUAGACAAUAUUAAAACGCCAAUUCCCGAUGGCUAUAUUUAUAUUGCGACAACGAACUACUACGCUGAAAAUAAUAUAUUUAAAAUUGGAUUUACCGCUGACUUAAAUACGCAUAUAAAAAAACUAAAUAGUGAUAAAGAAAUUUCUACAGACUUUUUUUAUUAUCCAUAUUAUGAAAAAGCUUUUAAUGUUAGAAAAAUAAAUCGAAUGAUUCAUGACUUAUUACCCGCGUGUUAUACUAUUCCUAAAACUGGAUAUUUUAGAUUACAUUAUGCUCGUUCAUCCGCUAUAGUUGACUUUAUUAUCAAUAAUAUAAAUAAACCAAAUGAGCAUAUCAAUGAAUUUGUCAACCAUACACUGUCACCAGCAUUUGGUAUUUACAAUAACUUAGUAUAUCCUUUUGUUCCACCAGAAAAGGAAAUUUCAGACUAUAAUGAAUUCUCAGAAUCGGAAAUUAUAAAUGCAUUUAGGAAAAUAAUAACUCAUUAUGGAAACAGCUUAGUAUAUGAAGUAAAGUGGAAAGAAUUAGAAUCAGAUUUUCAUAAAGAAUUGGGAUAUCAAUUUCAAAAAAAGAGAAUAUGGGAAUUAUUUAAAACUGAAUUUAACUGGAAAUCAAGUACUACACCAAUUUGUCAUGAGGCUUAUCGAAUAAUAGUUAUUUCUUAAUUUCAUAUAAAAAAAAAAUUUUUUACCCAUCAAACUGUUCAGAUUAAUGAACUUUUACUUUUUCAUGUUUAACGUUUAGUAUUAAUCAAUUUAUAUACUAAUUUUAAAAACAUAUUAUUGUAAUUUCUUUUUAAAAAUGUGAAUUUAAAUGAUAUUUACAAUUUAUUAAACAAUUUAUAUUACAACUCAA